AUGGCUCAAAAUCUUCCUAAUCAGAUGAAGGCUAUCAUCAUCCGCGGGCGUGGCCAAGCAGAGAUCACCAGCUCAUCGCUUCCAAAACUAAAGGAUGGCUAUUUGCUUAUAAAAACUACCGCUGUUGCCAUAAACCCGUCAGACUGGAAACAUAUUGAUUUUAUGUGGGUUGGCAAUCCUACCGGCACCCGACCGGGUUUGGAUUAUGCCGGCGUGGUCGUUGAAGUAGGUCCUGGGGUAGACAAAGACUUUAAACCUGGCGAUAGAGUAUUUGGAAUUGUUAAUGGCUCAAAUGUGAGACAAAAGGAAGACGGUGCAUUCGCAGAGUUUCUUAUCGCAAAAGCCAGCCUUCAGUUGAAGAUUCCAGAUCAUGUGGACGACACUGAAGCAGCGGCCAUCGGCUCUGGUCUAGUUGCGGUGGGCCAAGGGCUUUAUCAAUCUUUGGGGCUACCCUUGCCGAACAAACCAUCAAACAAAUCCAUUCCAUUGCUGAUUUAUGGUGGAAGCACCUCCUCAGGAAUCAUGGGUAUUCAAUUUGCAAAAUUGUCGGGCUGCACAGUCACAGUGACUUGUUCACCUAAAAACUUCGACUAUGUCAAGUCUAUGGGGGCUGACUACUGUGUUGAUUACAAAGCCGAAGAUUGCGUAGAGCAGAUCAAGGCAUUCACAGGGGGGAGGCUUAGGCAUGCUUGGGAUUGCAUAGCAACGGCUCAGUCAGCGCGUAUUUGUGCAGCUUCUCUGUCGAUCCGGGGUGGUCAUUACAGCAGUUUGUUGUACUUGGUCCCUUCCGUUGUCAAAAAGAUUAACCCAAAAGUGUCCUGUUCAACCACCCUAGGGUACACCAUUUUGGGAGAGAUCAUUGAGAAGGAGACUAUCGUUGAGCCUAGACAAGAGGAUUAUGAAUUUGGCAAGUCUUUCUGGAAUGUCAGUUAUGAACUUCUCAAGGAAGACAAGUUUCGACCAGUCAGGCAGAUUGUCAAUCAAGGCGGUCCAGGCUUAGAAGGUAUUUUACAUGGGAUUCAGUACUUGAAACAAGGAAAUGUAAGUGCAGGAAAGUUGGUGUAUACUAUUGAUUAG